UCCGAGCAGGGCUGGACGGGGCUGGACGGGAAGGAGCUGCGCACAGCCGGAGCCAGUCGGCCUGACGGCGAGAGGCGGAGCAGCUUGCGUGGGCCGGGAGGCAUGGAGGUGCCGGCGGUGAACCUCAAGGCCAUCGUCCUGGCACAUUGGCUGCUUACGACGUGGGGCUGCAUGGUAUCGUGGUUGCCACCAUCCUAUGCGUGGGGGAAUUUCACCAUUCUGGCCGUGGGGGUCUGGGCCGUGGCCCAGAGAGAUUCUGUCGAUGCCAUCCUCAUGUUCCUUACCGGUCUGCUCCUGACCAUCCUUACGGACAUCGUGCACAUCAGCCUGUAUUACCCAACGCAGAAAACCCUCACGGACACCAUGCGCUUCAGCAGCGGCAUGGCGAUCUUCAGCCUCCUCCUCAAGCCGCUGUCCUGCUUCUUCGCCUACCAGAUGUACCGGGAGCGUGGGGGAGAGUACGCCUUCAAUUUAGGUUUUCUUGGCGUGGGGCAGGAUCCCAGCUCGUACCAGUCCAUUGACCAUCCGGUGCCACCGCCAACCUAUCCAGAUGUGUCCAGCAAGAUGGUUCCACCACGCCCCUACUGAGACGUUCUCCUCUGUUGGGUCCCCGUCUGGCGUUAUUUCCCUUCCUGUGCCCUUUACUUGCUGCGUUUGGGACUAAACUUUCACCCUCUUCUUCCCCCCUCCCCACAGUUCUCCUCUUGAGGAAAUACGACUGUCUACUGACUUCCUUACGUUUCCUUUCUCCUCCUGGUCCAGUUCGGGAGGGGGGGGCUCAGAUCUUUUUUGCCUUCCUGCCACGUAUCCUGAGCCACUGCCCGUCUGGAAGACUGCUGGACCCUUUCAGCUCUUCAGCUGGGUGUCCUGCAUGCCGCUCCAUGCGCCACCUGUGCGCCCCUGCCGUGGCGUGCUGAGGCUCGCUUCAGUUGCAUUGUUGCCAACCAGCCCCCAUAAGUGUGGCGAUAGCCCAUCUAAGGAGUGCUCUUCAGUGACUGAGAAAAGUCUGUUAUUACACAAUCACCUUUGUUCGAUUGUGGGCUUGCAAGAGACGUGCCAUUCCAAUGAGAGGAGGACCCUGAGGGCCUGUCAAAGCAACAUUAACUGGCUUUGAGGAGCUGAAGGGACAGCCCCCCCUGCCCCCCCCACCUAAGCCUGCGUCACUUUGGAAUGAUGAAUUAUGCAUUUUCUGAUGUCUGGGAAGGGUGGGGGGGGAUUGAUUGACCGGUUACAGAUGGUUGUGCCUGAUGCCACAGCCCUGCCUCCCCCCUUCCUUUAUUUUGCACAUGGAUUUCUAAAGAGAAUUAAAAGAUUUUUUGA